CAACUAACAGUAAAAAUGGUCUCACCGGCAAUCGCACUUUUAUAUCCCACCCUAUUGGCAUCCCUCGCGGCGAAUCCAAACCGGACGCUCUUCGCCGAUGAACGUGGUACGUUGUAUAUAAUCGACACUACUGAACCUGAUUCCAUGCAAAUAGAGCUACAGAACAUUAAGGAUAAUGUGCUCAAGACCACUUUGCAAUUAUACACCCGAAACAAUCCGCAAGUUGGACAGCCGCUGAAUGUCGGUGAUAAGGAGAGCGUAAAAAAAAGUUUUUGGAAUCCUGCUCAUCCCACUUGUUUUGUCAUUCACGGAUGGCGAGGAGACACAGAGGCUGGAUCCGCUUGCGCUUCGAUUCGAGAUGCUUAUCUUAGUAUCGGCGAUUAUAACGUCAUCCUAGUCGACUGGCGGAAAGCAGCUGAAAGUCCUUUGUACUGGGAAGCUGUGCAAAGUGUACCACUCGUGGCAGAACGCGUGACAAAAUUAAUAGAUUUCCUGCAAAGUGAAGCUAAUCUGAAUCCUUCCAAUACCAAAAUAAUAGGACAUUCUCUUGGAGGACAUCUCGCUGGUAUUGCCGCUCGUUUCGCAAAAAGUAAAAUUGCUGAGAUAAUAGCUUUAGAUCCCGCAAAACCCCUUUUCACAUCAAAGGGACCUGGAGAAAGAGUAGACAAAACAGACGGAAAUAAAGUGCACGUAAUUCACACGAGUACUCUGGGUCUGGAAGAGUCACUCGGUGACGCCGACUUUUAUCCGAACGGUGGCAAAGACCAACCGGGAUGCGGUUUUUCCGGAUUGGGUUGCUCACACUCAAGGUCUCAUAAAUACUACGCCGAGUCUAUCAGGAAUCCCAGAGGUUUCCGCGCCGGGAAAGUUUUCAUGGGUGGACCAACUCUCGAUCCAAAUGCCCAUGGAACGUACGUUCUGCAGACUGCCAAACAGCCACCAUUCGCACUCGGUUAGCAACGCUUAUUUUUUAUACAAAUUCUUAUAAGACUAAAAAAAAAAUUUUUUACAUCAUAAUACUCUCUGAAUUUUUUAUUAUUUAAACCACUUAAUUUCCUUUGUGAUUAACAAUAUAUUAAACUUCUACAAUAUAUUAAACAUUCUGAAUUGUGCUUUAA